AUCCAAAGAGCUGAUCGUAGUGAAGGGGGUUCGCAAGUCAAGACCCAUUUUGAGCCGAUGCAAUGCAGCCGUUUGCAAGCAGAAACGCAUGCUGCUGUUCGCCAUGAUCAUGUUAGCUCAAGGUACCCAAGCAACAACAGAGGUCUUGACAGAUGAUGCUGUGGUGCAUGCUGUGAGUGCCAGUGCAAGCUUCGUAGCCCGAUCACGUGUGUUCGUGUACGUGAUGCUGCUGGCUUCGAUCGGAGCCAUCCUGUGCAUGAUGCAGCCCUUCGCAGCAUCAAUGAGGUUGCCACCAAGGUAUGAUCCAAGUGAUCCAAGUCAGACGUUCAGGACGUGGAGUCAAGACUUGAUGCUGUGGUCGAUCUCAAGUGAACUCCAACCACAUCAACAGGCUGCCAUGAUCAUCAGCCAGUUGUCAGGACCUGCAAGGGAACUCGCCAGGUCCAUCACGCCACAGGAGUUGUUCCAAGGUGGGGUGCAUAAUGGUAAUCACCUAGAUCCAGUCAGCUACUUGGCGCAAGGUCUCGCAUCAAGGUUCGCACCGUUGGAUGAUGAGACCAGACUUCGCGCUGCUCAAGAUCUUCUCGCGUUCCAGAGGAGACAAGGUGAAACUGUCGAUGCACUCAUCACCAGAUUCGAGUUGACUCGCAGCCGAGCUCGCAAUGAUGGCGGUGGAGCUCAAGUGUCGGUUGAGACAGGUUCUCUCCUGUUGUUGAGAGCCUGUGGAGUCACUGCAGAGCAGUUCCAGGCACUAACGCAGCCGUUCGGGUUUCGGCUGCCCAGCAAUGACGAGCAGUUCAAUGCACUGUGUGCACAACGCCACAUGUAUGCAGAGCAGCUUCAUUUUGCUACAUAUGAAGUGCCGCCAGACGCACCGACACGUGAAGAUGAUGAUGCUUCAUGGUUUCGUGUUUCGUAUGGUGCUCGAUCUGUAGAGCCGUCGGAACAGCAGACACCAAGUCGUGCCGCGUCUCGUGUUGCAGACGAAGCUGAGGUGCAAGACACUCCAAGGCAUCGUGGCGGAGAACCAGAACAUGUGCGUUUGACCCCAAAUUUCCCAAGCGGUGAAGAAGAAGAUCCGUUGUGGGUAAAUGAUCCUUGGAUGUCCUGGCACCACAAUUUAAGCCAGAGCUCGCAGGCGCCAUUCGAGCAAACACCAGGGAUGCAUACGCCGUUCGGUUCAUCUCAGACAUCACCAAUGUUCGCAAUGCCUGAUAUGAGAUUCAAUGUAAGUUCGUCGCAUCAGAUGCCACAGGUUGCAGCUUCGUCCAAUGCCAUGCCAUCAAGCUUUGUAAUGAAUGCUGCGCAAAACAAUUCAUGGAACAUGCCAUAUGCAGUUCCCGGCACAAUGCCGAGCAUGCCGUUCGUAAGCCAAGUAAACAUGAGCAUGCCUAGUUCUGCCGCAUCAAUACCAGAAGUAAGUGCCAUUGCAAAUGCCACGCAAAUGCCAGUAAGUUCUGCCACACGUGAGUCAUCCUCACCAUCAUUCGUGCCCGCAUGGUUCAUGAACUCAGGUACACAGUCCAGUGCUUAUGCAUCACAAAUUUCAAGUGUGCCUAAUCCAGCACAGCAACAGAGCACGACAGACACAGCAGUCAAUCAGCUGACCUCCGUGUUCUCAGAGAUCCAUGCACAUUCACGCAGUGUCAGCAGAGGUUCACGCUCAGAGCCUUCGCAGCAAGAGGAAGGCCGUGCAAGAGUGUUCAGCAAUACUUGCACCAUCUGUUUGACAGCUUUCGAACAAGGAGAUGACGUCCUCCGAGUAUCAUGUGACCAUGUGUUUCAUGCCCUGUGUUUUUCAGAGUUAAUGCAGCACAGCGCAGAAGACGGUGUUCAGUGUCCCAAUUGCAGAGCACCAUGCACUGCUGUAAGCACAUGGCUCUACAUGAUUCCGAUAGCGUCAACAGCCAAUGUAGGUACUGCAACAGCCUCAGCCGAAGAUCCUGAGCAAGCCAAUGCUGUAAACACUCCAGUGCCAACUGAAGAUGGUUGGGACAGUGAAGAGGAGCCAUUCCAUUCUCCACAGCCUUCGCCGCACGAGGACGAAGAAGAAGAUGAUGGCAGAUCCAGACAGAGCUUUGCAUGGUGGCCUGUGCCGCGACAUCGUUCAGGCCCGCAUGCAGGUGAGCCAGUUGCAGAAGCCACAUAUCACAGCCAAGUUCGUUUGCGCCAAGGCAUGGGUCUGCUCAUUGACCCUGGUUCGUAUGGUAACUUGGUAGGAUCUGAGUGGCUAGCAGAUGCGCGCGAGAUUGUUCACAACCACAGUAAAGAGAUCUUGACUCAAAGCAGACGCAAUCCAAUGCAUGUCGGUGGCAUAGGUAAGGGACAUCAAACAUGUAUUCGCGACUGCCUAGUACCUUUAGCAUUGCGCAGAUCCGAUGGCACUAUGCAGGAAGCAGAUUACGCCGCCCCGGUCGUUGAAGAAUCAAGUGCGCCCGCGCUUCUCGGCCUGAGAAGCCUCAAGCGACACAAUGCAAUUUUGGACAUGAGUCGUAACAUGUUGCAUCUCCUGCCAGAUGACACCCAAGCUGAAUUAGUGUUGCCAACAGGUGCAGAAUCAUUCCCAUUGGAGCAGUCUGAAAGUGGACAUCUCCUCCUGCCAUUCACAGACUUCGUAGGUCUACGCCAGUCCAGAUUCGAGCGACCAAAUCCACGUCUGGUGCAUCUCUUUGCAGAUGAUGCGAAUGCAGAGAGUAUGGCAGCAGUACAGAUAGAAACCAGAAGCAAAGCAGUUGCGCCUUCAGCAAAGGAAGGCAGUUCGAGUCCAGCAAAAGCAAAAGCAAGUGAGCCCAAUGCGCCCGCUGCAGCAUCCGCAGCAUCAAGCGCAUCCACAGUACCUCGAGUGGUUAUUCCUCAGAUCACACCUAAAGGUGAGCCAAGGCCUGCAAAGCCUGCAGCAUCUGCAGGCCCGAAAGCGACACCUCGAGGCAGUGUAGGAACAGCCAUCGCAGCAGGUCCAAAACCUCCUGCACAUCCCCGUGAAACUGGGGACCAGGAUGAGGAGUGA